AGAGUAGACUUCGAGUUUAUACCAGCUCAAUAAGCAAUGUCUUUCACUCCUAGAGGACGUGGCGGAUUCGGUGAUCGCGGUGGCCGAGGAGGCGGUGACCGUGGUGGUCGCGGAGGCUUCACACCCCGUGGUGGACGAGGUGGUUUUGGCGACCGCGGUGGUCGUGGCGGCGGCCGCGGCGGCUUCGGUGAUCGCGGUGGACGCGGCGGUGGCCGUGGUGCUCCCCGUGGAGGACGCGGUGGAUUUGGUGACCGUGGAGGUCGCGGCGGAGGUCGCGGUGGCAGGGGAGGUGCUCGUGGUGGCGCCAAGGUUAUCGUCGAGCCCCAUCGUCACGCCGGUGUUUUUGUCGCCCGCGGAAAGGAGGAUCUCCUCGUUACCAAGAACCUGACGCCCGGCGAGAGCGUUUACGGCGAGAAGCGCAUCAGCAUUGGCGCCUCCACGGCGCCCGCAGAUGGUGAUGAUUCGACCCCCAGCAGCACCGAAUACCGCGUCUGGAACCCCUUCCGUAGUAAAUUGGCGGCUGGUAUCCUCGGAGGUGUCGACAACAUCUACAUGGGCCCAGGAAGCAAGGUCCUCUACCUUGGUGCUGCGUCUGGUACCAGUGUGUCCCACGUUGCUGAUAUCGUUGGCCCCGAGGGCACUGUAUUUGCUGUCGAGUUCUCUCACCGCUCUGGCCGUGAUCUGAUCAACAUGGCUACCCACCGUACCAACGUCAUCCCCAUUGUCGAGGACGCCCGUCACCCGCUCAAGUACCGCAUGUUGGUUGGCAUGGUCGACUGCAUCUUUGCCGAUGUUGCUCAGCCUGAUCAGGCCCGUAUCGUCGGUCUCAAUGCCGGUCUCUUCUUGAAGGUCGGAGGAGGUAUCGUCAUCUCCAUCAAGGCCAACUGCAUUGACUCCACCGCCGCACCCGAAGCUGUUUUCGCACAGGAAGUUGCCAAGCUAAGAGAAAUGGGUAUCAAGCCCAAGGAGCAGCUGACGCUCGAGCCUUUCGAGCGUGACCACGCCAUGGUUGUUGGUGUCUACGAACGUUCGCAAUAGAUGGGGCUGUUCCGAUUUGACUUCUGAUUUACGAUGCAUGGACGCGGUCAUAUACCUGUACUUCACACGGAUUGGCGUUUCCGGCGCCUGGCAGGCUUUGGUAUUCGUUUGGUAAAAUAUUUAUGCAUGUGAUUAUUCAACGUGCAACUCAUUACUCUUCUACGCUUCGUUCCC